AUAAAAAGUCCGCUCUCCCGCCGCUCUCUCUCUUCUCCUCUUCUUCCUCACCUCUCACUACUCCCUGAACUUCAGCAACACCCACCCUUCCCGUGCUUUUCCAACAAUGGUUUUCGGCCAGAGGGGAACACGCCCCUCCGGUGCAUCGCAUACUGCUGCUGCGUUCUACAUGCACCGUCGCUGCCGACAUCUCCCUACAUACGCGCAAUCGCGGCUCGAAUCUGCUUUUGCGGGCUAUCCGACGAUCGAGAGAGGCUACGGACGCCUUCAGCCCAGCACUUGCUUCGCCGCCCACGACGACGACGACUUGAUCCCCGAAGAGAGACAAUCCCCGGUCUUUAACGUGGAUCUCUCUCGCAUCCGCCUCAACGACGCCCUGAUAUUUCACGGGCUCGACUUUGUCUACGACAACUUCGCCUCUCGUAUCGACAAAAGGCAACAUAAGGACCAGCUAGGCACCGGAUCAUCCUACGGAUUUCUGUUUUUAACUGCCUAUGAUCGUGCUUUGUUUAUAAAGAUUUUCAAUCGCUGGUCAAGGCUUCGCUAUAAUAGCGGCCGACUCCACCCUUUCUGCAGCAUAUCUAUUCACCCUGGAACGAACCAGAAGAGUCCUAUACUUCGACUACUGUUCAGGCUAAUACCCCAACAUCCGAUGAGAGAAGUGGUCUACACCUCCUCAUUUCUGUCUCAUACCCAUUGUACAGGAACCCUUGCUGAAGUCAUCUCAUCGCACCACAUGUUGGUAUAUGCCUCAAGAAGUAACCCACCUGUCUGUCUGCACCACCAUCUUCCCUGCUGUACGGUCGCCACUGGACGUUAAAACCAGUGGCCUCUGCAAUGUACUGGCUCGGAAUACCCUCUCUUUUAUUUCUGUGAAAUAGGGUUAUCUUUGAUCCCGCCAAAUACCAAAAAAAAGAAACAAUCACCUAAUCGCGCAGAGCUGGAGGCGAAUCACUCACUGGGCUCUGUCGCUUGAUUCCCCCGCGCGUAUAUCACGCUUUUCAAGUCCUCGUCGGACCUUUUUCCAAGUCUUUUCAGUUUCGUUUUUGCUUUUCAUCAAUAUUAUCAUCAACGGGUUGUCACUAGGGAUCAUCUCUGAACCGCAUUUGAUUGCUAGUGUCUACCUUUUUUUUUUUUUUUUAAUCGCUCCUCUCCUGUAGAAAACACUCGUAGAUCCCAU